CCGCCCUUGUUAGCGUUUCGCGACAGUGAGAGAACUCUCCCAGCCAUAAGUAACUCUUGCAUGGACUUGUCGCAGCAAGAACUCCCCAUCACAGCCUACUUUGCGCGAGGUAAGAAGGACAAGAAAGAGGCAGAAUUUACCAAGAAGAGGAAACUCGUAGCGGCUGCGGACGACAGGGGAGGUUCAGCGAAGCGGGGGAAGCGGGCAGUCUCCCCUAAUGUGCAUACGAGUGCUCAGGGAAGCGCUAAACGGGCAAAGAAACUUGGGAAGCAAACAAAGUUUCCUACUUCCAAGUCUCCCGUCGCAUCGGCCUCUGGUCGGAGAGAAAGAGCAUUACCUCCCGGACCAUCCGACGAUGUAGUGGUCAUUGACUCGUCGCCCUUGCGACCGGUUGCGAGCAGCUCUCGCUCAUCAAAGGCCAACUCGAACGCUGUUUCUCGUAGAAUAACUACACCAAGUUUUUCCAUGAGCAAGAGACCUGUACAUCUCGCGAGUAAUGCAGAACAGUCUCUAGCCACUCCUCCCCCAACGAACCAGACGAAGAAGCGGACGGUGAAAGUAGCUAGCACUGCGGUAGUUCGGCCUCUCCCACCGAGGACUACCGUCGCCGCCAUCACUCCCGCCAUUGCGGCUUUACCUACUCCAGAGACUAACGUGCGGAAACCGAGCAAUACGCAUGCACCAUCCGGUUUGCGCACAUUUAUCGGCACGUCAUCGCCGUGCAGAACCAAGCAUGGGUCCGAUACUCAUGAACCAUCCAGCCCGUCUCUAGCUUCUCCGCCUCUCAUUAUGAAACUCCCUGUCCCAAUAGACAAUGACUUAGACACUCCCUCAACGGAACGCACGGGUGGCUCCAAUGGCAUACAGCAGGCAAUAGACCCUGACGACCCUUUUACCUGUGCGUCCCGAGACAAAGAGGUGUACAAAGUCCAUGCGGUCCCUGUGUCCCCUCCAACAUCUAAAGAAUCACCUCCUGCUUAUCCCAACAUAAUCGAAGAACUUGUCCCAUCUUCGCAAAGUCAAUAUUUGCUUGCGUUAGACGCGACGCCGAGUCGCAAACGGAUAGCGAAGCCUGUGUCGAUCACGAACUACGAGCCUGUGCCAAGCUCACAGUCACAGGAGGAGGGAGCCAUGACCAUGGCAUCUUUGCCCGGAGACUUGCUAGACAAGUUGUCUUUGGCAAGCACCGAUUUCCCAACGCCACGUCCCAUUACGCACGUCGCCCAUUUCAAUCGUAGCGAGCGUAAGCGGCCGCACCAGUUUACCCUUGGGUCAAGUCCCGCCACGUCGCCUGUUUGUUCACCGUCAAAAGGGUUCUCUCGUUCAUUCCUGGCAACCAAAUCUCCAAUAAAUAGAGCCUCAUUUGUUGCAUCGCCGUCUCGUAGUCCUUUGAAGCCUACUUCACGUCGCAGUGUGGACAAGACCUCUCCCCUUAAGAAGCCUGUGGAGCGUACAGAGUCUAUGGUGAAUGUUCUCCCCGCUCAGGAGGAUGACUCUGUCACAGAGCCGGAGUCAGAACCAGAAGUAGUUAAACCUCAGGCUGUUCAAGACGAUGACUCCGAAACGGAGCCAGAAUCAGAAGUUCCGGUCAGACUCCCAGCAGAGAUCGCGAAUCGUAAACCGCAAGACGUGGCUAAGCUGCCUCGAGCGACUUUACCUAAAGCCAGCAUCCCGCAUGCAAGUACAUCGUCCCAACACUCACCCUACAGAAAGCGGCAAACGCCUGAUUCGUCAUACGCUUCCUCGGUGGUCGAUUUAAUGCAGGAGGGCGCUGGAAUGAGUGUUCCAGUGUCACGCAGAUGUUUUUUAUUACCUUCAAGAACUCCACCGCCGGUGGUGAGAGAUUUUCUCGAGAUGUUCCAGGACGAUAGCAGUUACCCUGAUGAUUUCCCGGAGUCCCUGCGUUAGAGAAGAAGAUCGAAUCUUAAUUAGAAGAGCACAUAGCAGUCGUUGGAUCAUGGACAAGGACGUUGGUUGGAUUACUUAUGCAUCAGUGUUAUUGUCCGGUAUACAAGUUCAGUAGUCUACGAAGUCCAUUGGGUCGAUAGGCUGUCACUCCUGAUAGUCUCAGGCUAAACGUGCGAGUCCAACGUGACAAUGGAAGAUCUUUCCUUCA